GGUAAAUACAUUCAGUAAGCUUUGUGUUGGAUAGAAAGCAGGAACCGAAAUUGAAUUGUGCACAUAGUAUUCCUGGUAGUAGCAGCUAAGAUGGAACCGUUGGAACAAAGAGAAAUAUCUGCUCCUCGAGUUGGAAGAUUUAAGGUUUAUAUUCAGGGAGAUUUAAAACACAGGAACGUGGUCAUUCUUACAGUUCAUGAUUUAGGAUGCAAUCAUUCAAUGUGGAUACACUUUUUAGAGAACCCUUGUAUGGAAGCUAUUACUCAAAGGGCAGCUUUUAUACAUGUAGAUGUUCCAGGACAGGAAGAUGAAGCAGCAGACCUACCUGCAGACUAUACAUUCCCUAGUAUGCAGAGUCUUGGUGAAGAUUUAGUCUGUAUUUUAGAUCAAUUGGAUGUUAAAGAAGUUAUUGGAUUAGGAGAAGGAGCUGGAGCUAAUAUUAUCGCUCGCUUUGCUAUGGCUCAGCCAGAACGUGUUAGUGGUGUAUGUUUAAUACAUUGUACAGGUUCUACAGCUACUGUGAUGGAGAGUUUGAAAGAUCAGGUUAUCAAUUGGAAAUUAGAACAGAUUGGUAUGAACCCUACAGCUGAAGCUUAUCUUGUUUUACAUAGAUUUGGAUCUACAUAGAUUGAUAAAGCAGAAAAUAAAGAACAACUCGCUGUAGUGAUUUCAGCCUUUCAAGAUUCUUUGCGUUCCAAAAUUAAUGCUAAAAAUCUGAAGAGAUUUGUACAAUCUUUCAUGAAGAGAUCCAAUAUUGCAGAAUCUGUUGGAAAGAUCAAAUGUCCUGUGUUGAUGAUAACUGGUACUAAAGCCUAUCUUUAUAAACCUUUCAUGUCAUUAUAUAAAAAGAUGCAAGCCUCACUACCUAAGAAAAAUGUUGAAAUUCUAGAAGUUUUGGAUAUAGCAAAUGUCUUAGAAGAGAGACCAGAUAAAUUUGCAGAAAGCUUUUUAUAUUUCUUACAAGGACAGGGUUUCGGAGCUGGUGUACCUAUGCCUAGAGUUCAGAGGUCAGCUUCGAUUGAAGGAGGGAUAAUACCACCAACUGGAGGAAGACUCAGAAGUUUGUCCAUGGAAGAGGCGGAUCAACCACGAGGAAUAUACUCAAUGAGUCCACCCAAAUUUGGUACCUCACCACCUGCGGAACAUUUGCCACCUCUCAGCAGCAGUCCACCCAAAAGUUAAAAAGUGUGUGGAAUUAUUCAUUUCCUAUAGGGGCAGUUUGUUGAUAUAUUUUGAUAAAAGAUUGAAUUGUGAUGAUUAAUUCUUACUUUAAUUGACAUCUUGAAUUGCAAACGGACAGAUAAUAUGAUAUAGUAUCAAACUAGUUAUCAUACAAUUUUCUAAAAUGUAGCUUGUUACAAUACACUGUAUGUAGAUCUUCUAUUCAUUGUUGAUGUUCAUUGAAAGGCUCUGUAGAGCAAGAAAAUACAAAUUGGACCAAUUGGUCAGAUCAGAAAGAACACUAAAUAUUUUAGUAGUCAGUUGCAUUGAAGUCAUUCCUGUUAGAAGAAUUGGGUACUGUAUUUUGAUAAUUGUUUUCAUCGCAGGGAGAGAAACUGCAAGCAAUAAUUGUUGAUUUUGAAAUGAAUGUUUUAUGGAUGUUAAGAUUUAUGUACAAUAUUUCAGGAUAAUUUACAAAAUUGAAGAUAUACCGUUCAAGUAAACUACUUAACUAUUUUCUAUGAAUUACAAUCUUUCAAAUAUUUAAAAUGUUGUUUCUUUAAAUACGUAUGAGAAUUAGUUGUUUUUGAAUUAAUUGUUGUGUUCAUUUUAAAUUGUGAAAUAUAUUCCAAUUUCGUCCAUUUUUUUUUUAAAUCUUAGUUGUCCAUACACAGACACUCUGCCUCUCUUUGUUGUGUCUAAAAUCUAAAAUUUGGGAACCAAUUUUAAAUUAUUUUGUCGAAUUAUUUUUCAAAAUAAAUUUUUUAUGUAUGAACCAUGAUGU